AUGCGUAAAGGAAUUAUAUCUAAAACUAGGCUGCUUUGGGUUUGUAUUGGCAUUUUGGCGGUUGUGGCCAUGGCUGUUGUUUGUUGUUUGUUGUAUUGGAGCUUCGGAGCUGACGAAAAUGCUGAAUACGUCUUCCCCCCUGAAGAUCUAGCUAUCAAGCAACAAGCUAGAAGGUUAGUUGACUCGUAUGUUUCUGCUGAUUUGAAAAGUGACUCUAUCAAGAUCACAAAAGCGUUGAGAGAACUAAAUAUGUGUAUUUGUCUGCCUGACCGUCGCAAAACAACGUGUGGGUGUGUGACAGUCAAGUUUGCGUUGUGCUCAGUAGGGAAGUACUGCGUUCUGAUCUCUGAAUCAGUAGUGGCCCGCGCUCAACGCGAGCUUUAUGUCAACUUUUCAGAGGAGUGGGAUGUGAAUAAGUACGAGGAGCUCUAUGCAACUCUUCAGCUCAUUGAUACUAUCGCUAUGUCCGUCUCAGAAGACAUUGUCCUUUUUGAAAAGGUGUAUUUGAAAGAUCUCCAGCUCGAGCAUGGGUUGAACGCUAUUCUAUCAGUCUUGACUUUGCUUAGAGUCAUUCAAGCCAAGGAAACAUAUAUCUCGAUUGCUGGCGAACCGUCAGAGUAUCUAGAUGCUGAUAUGGAAGCAAGUGUGAUAUCUUCUUUGGAAGCUCCGCGUAACGAAAAUCGAAGCGUCGGGCUGACCUUUGCUACUGGCAAUCCGUAUCAAGUGCAUUUUGCCCGGCUUUUUUGGUCACAACUGCCUGUGUGUAGUCUUUCUCUGCUAUGCCAAACACCCGAGCUAGUGGAAUAUCUCAGCGAUGUCAACUGGAGCAACAACUUUAAUCUGGAGCUUAAGCUAACUAAAGAUGCCCAGGUGACAAUGGAGCCAUUGCGAAUGAAGUGUAUCGAUGAAGACCUGGUUUGUAGCAAUCUCACUAUCCGAAUGGUUGGGGAGGAUGUGACUGAUGACUCCGUGAAAUGGGAAAGGAAAGUGCGAUUCCUGAAGGAGUUCUUGAGACCAAUUCCGACUAAAGAACUCACCCCUCGGUCUCUCUGCACCACUUUAGCAAUUGAUUAUAGACUGUUCUUAUACGCGCAUGAUACGCAUAUGCCAGCUUGGGCCUGUGGUGCGGUUGAUGAGCUGGACUUGUUGGAAGUUCCCACCAAUACUGUGGAUAUCCACACUAGCCCGAACUUCCAGCCGCUAUCUCAGGGUAAGUUUUCUUUUUGGGUAAUGAAGAAGUUCCGAAUGCACGGCCCCCGCAUAUCAAGCGAUGACUCUAUUGGCCGCGAGCUCAAAAACGGUAUACCCACCACCAUGGCUAAAGAGCACUUCCCCUGGGUCCGGCUGCCAACUCCGCCCAGUUGGUUUUCUAGUUUGUUCUCCUAG